AUGAAACAAACCUAACCUUUUAUCCCUCUUGCUGUUGAUGAUAAUAAACAAUACGAUAUCAAAAAUAUACUUUAAAAAUAAAUUAAAUCAUUAACACCAGAAGAAUAUCAUUUUUUUAGUUUCCUAAUAGCUACCAAUCAUGUUUUUGAACAAUUAACAAAUUGUUAAAAUAAAUUGAAUAAUGAUCCAACUUUUAGUUUGUGGAAACUUUUUGAAUUCUUUGAUGUUAAUGGGGAUAGAAAAUUAUAAUUGGAUGAUUUUAUUAUCACAUUAUAGAAAUUAGACAUUCUUCUUAAGAGAGAAGAAAUUGAAUCUUUGUUUAAAACUUUAGGUGGUGAAGAUGAUAAUAUUAUUUCAUAUGCAGAGUUUGCUAAUUUAUUAAAAUUCUCUACUACACCAUAAUGGAGAUAAUCAAAAGUUCCAUAAGAUGGUGUAUUAAAUUAGGAUCAUUAAAAAUUAAUCCAUUAGAUUUUUAGUUUAUAUGCAAAAAUUGAAAGAAGUCUUUUAUACCUAAGAACAUAAAUAGGAAAUGAUAUUCAAUAACUUGAAGAUUUUUUCAGAAAAUUAGAUUAGAAAUAAAAAGGAUAUUUAAUAUACAAUGAUUUUAUUACUUAUAUUAAGUCUAAAGGAGUUCAAGUUAAAGGUAAUGAUUUCUAUAGAGUGUUCUUUAUGCUUUAGUAAUAUAAAUCAGGUAGAAUUAGUUUUAAUGAGUUUCUGAAGAAAUUUUCAACUAAAGAAGCCUAUUAAAAUUAUUAAUAAUAAUUAGAUUUAUUGAUUCAUCCUCCUCAAAUGGCUACAAGAUAAUCAAUUGAAUAAUAACCUGUACUUUAAUAUAAAAUAGAUAGUAUGACUAAUAUAGAAAAUAAACAAAUUUAAUAAAAUGAAAUAUCAUCAAAAAUAUCUUAAUAAUCAAGAUUUUCAUAAGAUCUUGAUGAUUCUAUAAGAUUACCAGGAUAUACUAGAUAUGUAUUUGGAAAUAAUUGA